UGCCGGAGCUCGGGCCGGAGCCCCGCCCCGGGCACCCUGUCCGGCUUGCCUCCGGGUGACCAAUCCCCGCCCCACCCCAGGCCUGCUCAUACCUGGGACUUCGGCACGCUGAGCCCGCGACUGUACGUUUGCGGAAGAGCGAGCAGCCGGCGAGCUCGCGCGGGGCCAGCACUGUGACUUCGCUAGAACCCGCCCCAGGGAUAUUAAGAAGACGUGAUUUUCAAAGCCAAUUAUGAAAACAUUUGUUAUUGGAAUCGGAGGUGUAACAAAUGGUGGGAAGACAACACUGGCUAAGAACUUGCAGAAACACCUCCCAAACUGCAGCAUCAUAUCACAGGAUGACUUCUUCAAGCCAGAGUCUGAGAUAGAGCGAGAUAAGAAUGGAUUUUUGCAGUAUGAUGUGCUUGAAGCACUUAACAUGGAAGAGAUGAUGUCAACUAUUUCCCGCUGGAUGGAGAGCCCGGAGCACUCUGAGGGACCAGUGGCAUGGGGAAGUGCAGAAGGGGUUUCCAUAUUAAUUAUCGAAGGGUUCCUUCUCUUUAAUUACAAGCCACUUGACACAAUAUGGAAUAGAAGUUAUUUUUUGACCAUUCCGUAUGAAGAAUGUAAGAGGAGAAGGAGUACAAGAGUGUAUGAGCCUCCAGACAUUCCGGGGUACUUUGAUGGCCACGUGUGGCCCAUGUACCUAAAGCACAGACAAGAAAUGGCGCACGUCACCUGGGAGAUUGUUUACCUGGAUGGAACAAAACCUGAAGAGGACCUCUUUUCACAAGUAUAUGAAGAUAUAAUGCAAGAGCUAGCAAAGCAGAAAGGUUUGCAAGUAAGAGCAUAGAGAUGGAGUGUUCCACACCCUCCUGGGGUGAAUUGGGAAACUCACAGAAAUGCACUUGACCUUCACCAGGACACAGCAUUGCUGUGGCACAGUGACAACUCUUGUCACACUUGUUUAUUUUUCAUGACAUGUACUUUUCCCAACAUAGCAGCGCAGGUCCAUCAAGAUUUGCUCUCAUCCCAGAGAGCUCAUGUACUGACUAGAACCUAUGGUGAGAAAAAUGAUUACAUUGCAAUCCAUCUCUAUGUAAGCUUUUCUGCCUGUUUAUCUUCAUGUAUGUGUCAUGUAUCCAGAUUUGUAUGUGUGUGUGUAUGUGUACAUAUACAAGCAGACUACAAAAUUCACUUUAUAAUGCACUGUGAUUACUUCCAUUUUCAAUUUUUUCAUAUUUAUUAUAAUAUGCUUUUUAGGAAAUGCUUCUAUCUCUAAUCCCAUAGCAAUGCCCAAAAUAUGCAAAUAACAUUACCAGGACUAGUAGUCACAUUGACUAACUUAAUACCUCGAUUUUUUUUGUUGUUUGUUUCACUAUAGUAGACUUUUUCCCAUUUGUGUGAUAUCAUUGUAAUUUUUAUAUUGAGAUUUUGAUACUAAUGAAAGGAUUUUCUUGUGUUUUACUUUAUUUUAUGGAACCAGUAGUAUAAUAUUACAGAAAUAGUUUUUUUCAAUUGUGUAUAAUACUAGCCCUGUUCUUUGAAAAACACAGGCAGGGAACUGGAAUUGUGUGAUUUAUUGAUGCUGUUGUCAAUUCUGGAAUUUCAUUCAUGUGCUGACCAACCUUUUGUUUAUUAAUACCAAAUAUUGCCCACAGUCAUUUCAAUCCUUAUAAAAUAUAUUGUUAUAUUGA